AUGGUUGCCAAGAUCAUCAACCUGGCCAUGCGCGGCCUCCAGUUCCUCUGGGCCCUGCUCAUCAUGUCCCUCAUUGGUAACAUGAUCGCAACAUCAUACUCUGGCAACCCCUCGAUUGUCAACUACAGCAUGUUCGUCGCUGUCUUCAGCAUGCUGUCGCUGUUCUACCUCAUCCCGGCAAGCAUCAAGGAGUCGUUCAUGAUCCACCCUCUUCUUGUUGUUGGUCUUGAUGCCUUGAACGCCAUCUUCUACUUCUGCGGUGCCGUUGCUAUGUCAGCCUACCUUGGUGUUCACAGCUGUGGUAACUCUUCGUACACUCACAACAACUCCGUCACCAACGGCUCCCCUGACACCAACAAGCGCUGCACAGAGGCCCAGGCUUCGACUGCCUUCCUCUGGUUCGGCUUUGCUGCCUUCGUCGUCUCGGCCGUCUUCGCUGGUCUGCAGGGCCGUAACUCCGGCGUCAACAUGCGCGGUGGUGCCGGUGGCAUCAGAAAGGGACCUGCCAUGAGCCAGGUCUAA